UUCUUUUUUUUAAGUUUCAGAGGCUGAAGUCAGUGACCAUGCUGCCUGUGUACUGUCUAUCUGUUGACUCAAUGUCAAAAUGUCAAGUUGACAUUGACAUUUAUUUAUUUACUAUUUAACCACCGAUCUGUAUCUACCUACCGGCUCAAUUUUUAUUUUGUAUUAUUAUAAAAUUUAUUUAUAUUUUUAUCUAGAUUUCUGCCAUCAUUUCGUUCUACGUUGAUUAUGAAUAAACUUGGGACAGAUACUAAAGUAAAAAAAAGUCUGGUAAGAAAUUAUGAACAGAAAGUACGUCAUUCAUCACGAAAUCAAGUUAUUUACGAUGUGGCUUGCUCUUCAAAAGAGUUGGAGAAAACUGAACAAUCCUCACAAAAGGAAAAUGAACUAAGCCAGCCCUCAUUAUGUUCUAGUGAAGCAUUAGCAAAUUACUUAUCUGAUGUGAAAAAUUCAUUGCCAGCACCGCUUACUAUUGAAGAUAUCAAUGUAGAAAAAGGCGAAAUUGCCUCUAAACUUACCAAGAAAUUAAAUUUCCAUAUCAAUGACAGAAUAUAUAAAAAUUUAAUAGAAUUAAAUGCAAAUGUGAGUGAUUUGAAAACAAAGAAGAAUAAAAGAUCUACAAGUGCUAUGAACCAGGUCAAACGGGAUUUAGAACCUAACAUUGAAGACUUCUAUCAGGACGAAGAAGAGAUUGACUUACCUCCAAGUAUACCAAUAAUAAAACCAAAAUUCAAACCAGUCAAGAAAAUUGAUGAUGGACAUUUACAUAGACUGAUGGCCGCAUUUGAAACUUUAUGACAAUUUAUGUUAAACACAAUCAAUAAAAUAAUAGAAUAUA